CCCGGGGUGGAAGACGGCUGCUGGUGGAAAUUUACCGAGGACUGCACUCUCAGCGCGCCUGUCAAGGCCUUAUGGUUGCAAACAUGCUGCAGUUUCAACAUAUCUGAUGUAGCAGGAGAGGCCGCCAGCUCAUGUAGCAGGUUAUGGAGGCAAACCUUCUGUGUUUCAUCCUUUUCACCCUGGUUGGCCUUGUCCUAACCUCCUUCAACGAUUAUCCCCACAAUGGCACCAGCCACUACCACUACUGUGUGCUCGGAGCCGGACCUGCUGGCCUGCAGAUGGGGUUCUUCCUCUCCAAGGCAAAACGGGACUACGUCAUCCUGGAGAGGAACUCCGGUCCGGGCAGCUUCUUCAACAAAUAUCCCAGGCACAGGAAGCUGAUUAGCAUUAACAAAAUCCACACAGGGAGACACAACGCAGAGUUCAACCUGCGGCACGACUGGAACUCUCUGCUGAGCGAUAAGCCGGACCUGCUGUUCAAAAGGGCGAGCGGGGAGUUCUACCCGCCGGCCGACGCCUUCCCUCUCUACCUGUCGGCGUUUGAGAGGGAGUUGGGGUUGAAGGUGAAAUACGGCGUGGACGUCGGACGGAUCAGGUCGGUGCGGUCAGCCACAGGAAGGAGCUACGUCCUCACCGAUCAACACGCAGCAGAUUACUCAUGCAGCAUCCUCCUGGUCGCCACGGGCCUGUGGGUUCCUCAGGAGGUAGAGUUUGCCGGGUCGCACCUGGCCGAGGGCUACGAGUCCAUCUCCACCAACCCUGACGACUACAAGGACCAGGCCGUGCUGAUCCUGGGGAAAGGAAACUCCGCCUUCGAAACCGCCCAGAGCAUCUUAGGGAGAGCGAGCCGGGUGCACAUGCUCAGCUCCAGCACCGUCCGGCUGGCCUGGCAGACGCAUUACGUUGGAGAUCUCAGGGCUGUUAAUAACGAGGUAUUAGACACAUACCAGCUGAAAUCUCUUGACGGUCUGGCAGAGGCUCGCUUGGAGGACGUAGUCAUCACCAAACAGGAGGAAAGGGGCAGGAAGAGGUCAGGAGUAAAGAAUCCAGAGACGAGGGACAAGCUCUUUCUAAACUUAAGGCAGUUCAAGCAGAACGGUGACGAGGGGAAAGGAUCAGAUGAUCCCCGGGACGAGCUUCCGGACCACAUCGACAACUUCUCCCUGCGCAAACCCUACGACCGGGUGAUCCGCUGCCUUGGCUUCAGGUUCAACUUCAGCAUUUUCGACAGCUCUGCACGGCCGCCGCCCAGUGAAAACGCGAAAGGGAGACUGCCGGGCGUGACGGCGUGGUACGAGGGGAAGAACACGCCCGGUUUGUUCCUGUUGGGGACCGCCUCUCACUCCAGAGACUACCGAUCCUCCGCUGGGGGCUUCGUCCACGGAUUCCGUUACACAGCCCGAGCCGUUCACCAUGUGCUGGAAUACCGUCACCAUGGCAACACGUGGCCAUCGACCAGACUUAUGACAACGCAGCUGAUGUCCUGGAUCCUGAAGCGGGUCGGGGAGGCCUCCGGACCGUACCAGAUGUUUGAGACGCUUGGGGAUGUUAUUCUUCUCCGAGGCUCCCACUGUGAGUACGUGGAAGAGUUUCUGCUCCAGGCCUUGCCCCGGUUCUCCUCUCUCUCUGGCCAUGACGUGUCCAGUCAGGGACUGAUAGUUCUGGUCAUGCAGUACGGGAAGAGGAAGAUAGACUACCUGGGGCUCGGCAGGUCACAAACCGACUGGACCAAGGCUUGGAAAUCCAACUUCCUCCACCCUGUUUUAUACUACUACGACUCGCUCCCGACGGAGCAGGACAUGAAGACGCGUCCCCACGGCUGGCCUUUGCCGAGGCCGAAGGCGAUUCAUCACAUGGUUGAGGACUUCCUCACAGAGUGGGACACUCCGCUGUCUCACAUCCAGCCUCUGCGGCGCUUCCUGGAGCACUGUGUCCACUCUGACCUGAGGGCCUUCAGCACAGGAAGCUCAGCUGAUCGCAUGGAUUCGUUGACGCUGUCGCCACAGCGGCUCAAAGCACAUCUUCCUGGUCUUGUGUAAACAUUCAGUUCAGAUUUCUGAACCACACCUUCCAAAGGCAAAUUCCUCAGCUCAGUUUCUCUUUAAUCCUCUUCAUAAGUUCCUCACCGUUGUUUGUGUCUCUUCCUGCGUUCCAGAAAACUGUUUCCGCUCAGCUCUCACGCACCGUAAGCCGCCGCUGUUUUGUCAGCAGGGAUAUUUGACUCGGUAGGGCGUCACGCAGCGCAGCGUCCGCCAGGUGCCAGCCGGGCAAGUCACCGCCGGAACGGGAGCAAACCCCCGCUUUUCCAAGCCACCCGGGAUCAGCUGGAGCGUCCGUGUCCUCUGGACGCUUGACCUCUGAUUGUAUUAGCCACAAAAUAAUGUUUUGUACGACGGCGUGUUAUAGCCGUUGUAGAUGGAACAUAAAAAAUAAAGCAAAGGGUACAUUUCCGCCCAAAAAAGCUCUGAAAUAUUGUGAGUAAUCGCAGAAAUUUUCUAGAAAAAAAACAUUUGGAAAUUGAUGUGUUUGAAAAGUUAAAAACUUGCGAGAAAAAAUUCUGAAAUUUACAAUUUUCUUAAUCUCAAAAUUUCUGAGUGUCUUGGAGGAAAUUUGCUCUUCCCUUUUCUCCCCCUGUCUACAACGACCGGAAAAUGCCACUCUUGUCAUUUUCUCAGGAAGAUCGAAUAUUUUAUCCUUAUACUAGAGAAAUUUAUCUUUACUGCCAUCAUGGGCAACUUGUUUCAACUCAAAACUUUCUUUUUUUUCCCCUUCAUUUUUAGGCAAUGUUAGACUAAAACAAAAGUGGUUUUCCAUUGAAUCCUUGCUUUUGCAAGUUUUUUUAAAAUUUCUGUCAUAACCUGCUGGUUGCAAAGUUAUUGCUGGUCACUGGAAGAUGUUACUUGUUACUUGAAAGAUCAGUUAUUAUGUUAAAAUAUUUCUUUUAUAUAAUUGAGUUUCACAAGUGUUGUUUUAUUCAUAUUUUACCUGGAUUUAACAUACAUAAUACGGUAUAUAAUGCUUUUUCAGUAUUGACAACCAGUCAGUGAGCGGCAGAAUCACCUUUACAAAAACCAGUUACAAUGUUUUUUUGUUUGUUUUAUAAUAUUAAGGGCUGUACAUACACAGGUACAUGCGUGUUUUUCUUCUUUUCUUUUAUUGCGGUUCACAAGCAACUUUCAGGUGCAUACCGCCACCUACUGUACAUGAAUGUGUAGCAACACAACUAAAUUCUAUAUUUUCAUUAAAUUCUAUUUUUUAAAUAAAUAAUGCUUUGCUUAAUCUCUAAAUAUU